GAACAGCUCCUAGAGAGAACAAGGCGUGCGGAGCUCGGAUCACCAGCAUCAUGCUCCUUGGGCUUGGAUCGUAGAUCCCCCUCUUUGAACACUAAAACAACUCCUUCGUCUUUCAGCGUCCCAAGCAGACCCAGCGGGAAAACAAGCACGUGAGAGAGAGAGGAAAGAAAGAGGAGGAAGACGAAAAUCUGCAACCAAGGGGACUAAAGCAAAGAAAAAGAGUGCUUUGCUUGCACAGCUGCAAAGUGGGAAUUUAAAGAGCUGCAGAGAGAGAAAAUCCAGCUCAUCAGCACAUACACAUUGCAGAAUUACAGAUCCAGGUAGAAAUGACAUCAACAGGGAAAGAAGGCAGCGGAGCUCAACAUGCACAAUAUGUUGGACCCUAUCGUUUGGAGAAAACCCUAGGAAAAGGACAGACAGGGCUUGUGAAGUUGGGGGUUCACUGUGUCACGUGUCAGAAGGUCGCGAUAAAAAUUGUCAACAGAGAGAAGCUCAGUGAGUCGGUGCUAAUGAAGGUGGAGCGGGAAAUAGCCAUCCUGAAGUUGAUAGAACAUCCCCAUGUUUUAAAGCUGCAUGACGUUUAUGAAAACAAAAAAUAUUUGUAUUUGGUGCUAGAACAUGUGUCAGGUGGGGAGCUCUUUGACUAUCUCGUAAAAAAGGGAAGAUUGACACCAAAAGAAGCCAGGAAGUUCUUCCGACAAAUCAUCUCUGCUUUAGACUUCUGCCAUAGUCAUUCAAUAUGCCACAGGGACUUAAAACCAGAAAACCUACUGCUGGAUGAAAAGAACAACAUCCGGAUAGCAGAUUUCGGGAUGGCAUCGCUGCAGGUUGGGGACAGCUUGUUAGAAACCAGUUGUGGAUCACCACAUUAUGCUUGUCCUGAAGUCAUCCGGGGAGAAAAAUAUGAUGGAAGAAAAGCAGACGUCUGGAGCUGCGGAGUCAUUUUGUUUGCGUUGCUAGUGGGUGCCCUGCCUUUCGAUGACGACAACUUGCGGCAACUGCUGGAGAAGGUGAAGCGUGGAGUGUUCCACAUGCCCCAUUUUAUCCCUCCCGACUGUCAGAACCUUUUGCGGGGGAUGAUUGAAGUGGAUGCCUCGAAACGUCUCACGCUAGAACAUAUUCAGAAACACAUAUGGUAUAUAGGGGGUAAGAAUGAGCCAGAACCAGAGCAACCAAUCCCUCGAAAGGUGCAGAUUCGUUCUCUCCCUUCCUUGGAGGAUAUUGAUCCAGACGUGUUAGAUAGCAUGCACUCGUUAGGCUGCUUCCGUGACCGAAAUAAACUCUUACAGGACUUGUUGUCAGAAGAAGAAAACCAAGAAAAAAUGAUUUAUUUUCUUCUGCUUGACCGGAAGGAGAGGUAUCCUAGUCAUGAAGAUGAGGAUCUUCCCCCUAGAAAUGAAAUAGAUCCCCCCAGGAAGCGCGUGGACUCCCCAAUGCUGAACAGGCACGGGAAGCGGCGGCCGGAGAGGAAGUCCAUGGAGGUUCUCAGUGUGACAGAUGGUGGAUCCCCAGUUCCUGCUCGCAGAGCAAUUGAAAUGGCACAACAUGGACAGAGGUCUCGGUCAAUCAGUGGAGCAUCAUCUGGGCUCUCCACCAGUCCUCUCAGCAGUCCAAGGGUCACCCCUCACCCCUCUCCAAGGGGAAGUCCCCUCCCUACCCCCAAGGGGACACCUGUUCAUACGCCAAAGGAGAGCCCAGCAGGCACACCCAACCCAACACCACCAUCCAGCCCCAGCAUUGGAGGAAUGCCUUGGAGGACACGGCUCAACUCCAUCAAGAAUAGUUUCCUGGGGUCUCCUCGCUUCCAUCGUCGGAAAUUACAAGUACCUACACCAGAAGAGAUGUCUAAUUUAACCCCAGAAUCAUCCCCAGAGCUUGCCAAAAAAUCCUGGUUCGGUAACUUCAUCAACUUGGAGAAAGAAGAACAGAUUUUUGUGGUCAUUAAGGACAAACCACUAAGCUCCAUUAAGGCUGAUAUAGUCCACGCUUUCCUCUCGAUCCCAAGUCUCAGUCACAGUGUCAUCUCACAGACAAGUUUCCGUGCAGAAUAUAAGUCCACAGGAGGUCCUGCUGUCUUCCAGAAGCCAGUGAAGUUCCAGGUGGACAUAACCUACACAGAAGGAGGAGAGGCACAAAAGGAGAAUGGGAUCUAUUCUGUCACUUUCACACUCUUAUCAGGUCCAAGCCGUCGCUUUAAGAGGGUAGUAGAAACCAUUCAGGCACAGUUGUUAAGCACACAUGACCAGCCUUCAGUGCAGCAGUUAUCAGACACCACUAACUGUAUGGAGUUGAUGACUGGCAGACUUUCCAAAUGUGGCAGCCCAUUGAGUAACUUCUUUGACGUAAUUAAACAACUUUUUUCAGACGAGAAGAACGGGCAGGAAUUAUCCCGAAAAGUUAACAUGUCAGCCACGGCUUCACCUUCUGUGCUCUGCGGACACUUGUUGACGGAAGGCAACCGAUGUAGACUGUCCAAGGACCAGUCCUGUUUGAGGUUCCCAGCCUCCCCUCUCCCUUCAGGAAGUGGGCUUCUCCCCCACUUUUCCCCAGACACCUCCCCAGUGCACGCCUGGUGGUUUUUUUUCUCCCCUCUCUUUUUCUUUUUUGGUGCUCCACAAGAGAGAUCUGCUCAGUUGUGGGAUUGCAGAGUCUGGGCUCAAAGGAGGUUGCAAAUUGUUGGAGUGAAUUAUUUACCCUUGGCAACUUCUGUCCGCGCAGGUGAACGCAGCCCGGAGAGGGAGGGUGGGAAGGAGACGGGUGUAGCGGGAGCGCAGUGUUCCAUGAAUCCAGAGCGCGUUCUCAUCAGAAACCAGCCAGGAGCAACUCAAAACUAAGCGUUGAACCAAGACAAUAUUGGGGAGCUUCAUCACGGGAUUUUCUUAUCUUUUUUUUCUUUUUCUCCCCACCACCUUUUCCUUUUCUUUUGCCCCCUUUUUUUAUAUAUACAUGUAUGUAUGUGUGUAUAUUUAUGUAUAAAUAUACAUACAUACAUAUAUAUAUAUAUACACACAAACUAAUUGGUUUUUUUCUACUGUAUCAUUUUGCUUUUUAACCUGCUGGAAGGGGAAAGGAGUAAACAUAGGAGGGAGAGGGGGUUCAAUGAAUAAACACAUACAAACAAAACAUUAAACCUUAGGGAAAAGGCAACUUCUGGUAGCAAAGAAGAGGGACAAGAUUCUGCCAAGGACUGUCUCUCCCAUCACCAGGCACAGUUGCCACUGCUGCUACUGCUGCUCCUCCUUCAACACCUUCCUCCCCACCUGUCAACUCCCUGCCACUGUGCCACCGCGCUGGGACCUUCUUCAACCAGCUGGAUCCUCCACCACACCCUGCAUUUAGAGGCAAUUGUUGUGUUGCUAGUGCUGCAUUGAUAUCAGUAUUAUUUCUUUAAGUUACCAGUUUCAUUUGUUGGCUUGGGUGAUUUUUUUCUUAAAAAAAAGGAAAAAAGAAAAAAAAAAAAAGAAAAAAAAAAGAAGAUGAAGAGGAGGAAGAAAAGAGACUUAUAUUGGGUUUUAUUUCCUCUGUGUGUAUGUGUGUGUGUGUGCAAAAUCACUGGCACUUAGUUCAUCAGAGCAAGACAAGGUGGAGUCAGGGCAAUGGGAGACUUAAUCACGAAGCUACUGUAAACUUUAAAAUUUACUGCAAGAUAUUUUUAUAAAGUUUUUGUUUUGGUUUUGUUUGUUUUUGGUUUUUUUUUUUUUGAAGGGGAGGAGGGUGGGAUUGGGUGGAUGGGGACCUUUUUUUUUGUGUUUCAGUUAUUAGGUCUUGGUUAUUUAUAUAUACAUAUAUAUAUAUUUAAAAAAAUAAGCUGUUAGAUAUAUCUUCUGUUUAAUGACUGUGUAGAGGCAACAUUGAUUCUUAUUUAUUUUGCAGAGGAGGAGGAAAAAGGACACAGAAACCUUGUAAGUGUUCAUUUUGUGACUUUGAGAAAGAAGAAUUGCAGCCUUUUUUCCUCCUCCUCAAGAAUUAUGUGACCAAGUGUAACUUAUUCUGGCCCAAGUUCAAAGGUUAAACAAACAAAAAAACGUGGUUUUACGCGUGGAAGACAAAACACAGUGAGAAGUAUUUCUUGACUGAGAUUUUAAGAAUGUAGGCUUAGCAUUAGUGUUCAGCUCUUUUAUGACCUUCGAUUGCUGCUCGUUGGGUUCCUAUGGGUGUAUGUUGUAUCGCAAGAUUUUUUUUUUAAUGAUAAUGUUGGAUGAGUUCUUUUUGUUGUUGUUGUCGUUGUUGUUUUUUUUUUUAAUCAUUUUACCCCUUCUUGGACCAGUUUUACUUGUACAUAGGUUUGAAGAUUAAAAAGAAUUUUUAAAGACACAACUGGGGCAAAGACCUUUGACUUCUGCCCUGUUUCCCCAUUCCCCCAAAUGGGAGGGAUUUAUUUUAAUUUUUUUUUGCUUUAUUUAUUUAUUUAUUUAUUUUCCCUAUUCUUAAACUUUUCUCUCUCGUAUUGCUGUGUGCAUGUCAGACACCAGGGGGUGAUGGCUGGGGAGGGGGGGAGGCAAGGGUGCAGGAGAGGGGGGCAGUUUUAAUUGCAUGACAUUGCUGUAAAUUAGUCUCUUUUGCUUUCGUUGUCUUUCCUGCCUCUGCCCUCUCUCUACUUCUCCUCCGAGCUCCCCUCCCAUCACCCCCGUCCUUCUUUUCCCUCUUUUCUCUUCCCUUGUGUAUAGAUUUUGAUGCUUCUGUUACAUUGUACCUCUACAAAAGGCUGGGAUUUCAAUACAAGAUAAUAAUAAUAAUUUAAAAAUACCUAUAUCAGCAAAACCCAUGUGGUACAAGCAGGAAGGGGAUUACUUACACAAGAUAUAAGAAUAAAUGAAAGCAAUACCUCUUGUUAUCCUUCCUAUUUUGUACUUCGAAGACACACACGCGCGCACACACACAUAUACAGACACAAACUGACAUUAUUUAAUGGUUUGAAAUGGACAAAAAAAUCUGAUGUAUCCCUUGUUAAAUAACUGUGAGCAACUUUAGUUCAAAAACCAAUAAAUUCAUUCAGUAAAGAUA